CUACACGGCGCCGCGCACACCGACUGGAACCUGGGGACGAUGUUCAGCACCUUCGACGACGCGUUUGCCGCGCUCCCCGCGGAGGUCAAGGAGUGGGUCACCGGCAGCGGCCUCACUGACCACGUCAUGGUGGCCGACUCCGUCACCCCGGAAUACCUGCGCGACCACGCGGGCGUUACGGUAGUGAAGCCGGUAGACAUCGUUUUCGUUGCAACCGUCGCGACCGCGCUCCCCGAGAUCGUCAAGAAGGGGGCCGCGGCAUGGGCGAAGACGUUGGGCUUCUACCAGAAGUGGUACGCCGCCAGCACAGAGGCCGCGAACAAGCCUCCCGACCAGGAGGAGGUGACGCCUAUCGAGGCGAAGGAUCCGGGCCACGAGGAAUGGUACGAACUGAACCCGGAGUGCCGCGAGAAGCGGCUUAAGGCCCUCUUCGAGGCGAGGCGGCGCGAUGUCGAGGACGCCCGCCUUCCGAGCGGCCGCCUUUGGGGGCGAUGCGAGCGCUUGCGCCGCGUCCAGAAGGAGUGCAUCCCCCUGCUCGCGGACAAGGUGCAGUCCGAGGAGAUCGGCAAAAAUACCGGCCUCGCCAGCUUCCUGGGGCCCGUCCAGCACGGAGCGCUGGCCUGGAAGCUCCCAGCCAUGCAGGAAGCACCACCCGGCACACUGGAGGAUCUCGAGACCUGGGCAUACAUCAUUGAAAACCGGAUCUUCCUCACUUGGUGGGUCGAGGACAUAAACUGCCUGGAGGUCUUCCACCAGAGAUUCUGGGCGAGGGUGCGCAAGAACCGCGCGCCGCGACCGGGGUGCUGGAACCUCUCAGUCGCGGAGUAUUGCGAAGCGUGCCUGGUUUGCCAGAACCAAUGGCACAAGGCGUCGACGGCCGGCGACAAGAUCGACGACGCGAUCAACGCGUCCUUGCCCCCCGAGAACGGCGACCUCGACGUCGCGCUUGCCGUGGCGCCGCGUCUCGCCGCGCAUCCUCGGGCACCCGCGCUCGGGGCCAACGGUGGCGUGCAGGCCGCCCGCCCUGGCGCGGCGGGCAGCUUCCAGGCCGCGCUUCUCCUCGCCCUCGCGGGCGCGGGCCAGCCAGCAGCCAAGCGCAGGCGCCUCUCGAAAGCGCAGCGGCGGCUGCGGUGCCGCCUGCGGCAACUUGCGCCCGCGGCCCCAGAGCGCCGCGGCGACAAGGGCAAGGCCGCCGGCAUGGGCAAGCCGUCCGGGGCUGGCAAGAAGGACAAGGGCGCCCGCAAGGGCAACGCGCGCGCGCGCCGCGGCGGGGCCACGCGAGCUGCGCUCCCAUCCACAGUGCGCCGCCAGUUUCACCCCGCCGCAGACGACUGGGCUCAGAGCCGUCCACAGCGGGAGCAACCGCAGUUUCACCCUGAAGCGACCGGCCGGGACCAGCGCCGGGAGCUCGGCCCGCGGGCGCGCGCCAGCCUGCAGAGCCGCGCCACCGCGGCCGCCGACGCACAGCCCGUGCAGGGCGACCCAGCUUGGGGCCUGCACGCGGGCGCCAGCCCGCGGCAACGCUACAGCAUGGGCAACCUCGCGCCCCCGGGCGGCGCCAGCCAUGGCCCGCGCCGUGCGGGCACCACCUGCAGCGGCAUCGCCAUGGUCGACUAUGCAGCGAGGCUCCAUGACCCUGCGGCCGAACGAGAGUUCGACGCCGUCGACGCGAACCGAGCAGCCAAAAUAUUCACGCAGCAGCAGCGGGCGCUCUCUCCGAAGCAGCACGUCGACAUGGCCCGGGACCGGCAGCGCUGCCAGCCGGCGCCCCAGUGA